AAGUAGUAUCUUUAUUAUAAGACUACUUUAAGAGAAGGGAUGACCCAAGAAAGAGUAAAGAACAAAACCUAGAAGAAAAAGGUAGCACACUAGCUUAAAAAGCAAGAGGUUUUAUGGGUAUGUUUUUGUGAGUUGUUUCCUUGAAUAGAGAGAAAGUUUACAAAGAAAGCUAGCAAAUUACAUUUAGUUUUAACAAUUAUAAUUACUUCUAUUCUAUACCUCCUUCUUGGGAUCUAAAAAGGAUCUUAUUUAAAACUACAAUUAUUUUUACUUUUGUUAUGGAUUCAACCAAUUUCCAACACCAACAUGAACAUGACCAACACCAUCUUCAAGACCACUUUGUUGGAUGCUCUUCUAUAAACUUACCUUCUUCUGGUUAUCUUGUUUCUUCUUCUCUUGAUUGGAACUCCUCUAUCUUACCAUCUAGUACAAACACAACAUUCAGCAACAAAGAUGAGCAACAAGAUCAAAGUGAGUUAACGUUGUUAAGCAGCACAACAACAGCAAUCCCCAAAUUGGAAGACGACAUGUUAAGCUCAUUUCCAAGUUUUAGUGGCCUAAUUCAUAAUCCUGGAACUGCUAAUAAUCCAUUAGAAAACAUUAAUCCUUGGUUUAAUGGAUUAAUCUCAUCUAAUGGUAUGGCCUACAGUAGAGGAUUAAUGCAGUUUCCUUUAGAAAUUAACAAUAAUAACUGGAGUAAUAAUAAUAAUAAUAAUAAUGGAUUUCCAAACAGUACAAGUUUCCUUAAUCAGAUGGGAUUAGGGGUGUCAUCACCUAAUAAUUCAAAUGCAUCGACAAUUUCAAGUAGUAGUCCUCGUUUGGGUUUGAACUUACAAGCUAUGGAUUUCUUGGGAAAUAAUAAUUCAUCAUCAAGUUUUGGUGCUCAAACAAGACCUAAUAUGUCUUAUGAUGUUGUUGGUGAAGAAGUUAUUAGCCCUGCUGGAAAGAUUUUGUCUAAUAACAAGAAUUCAAGCUUGAUGAAUGGAUCAAUAACGGGAACAAAAAGAGCAGCUACUGGAAAUUCAACAACGGAUCAGUCAAAAGCAUCGUCAACCAACAAUUCUGUGGCUACUAAAAAAUCUCCACUCAAGGUUUCUUGUCCGCCGUUUAAGGUUAGAAAGGAGAAACUAGGAGAGAGGAUUGCAGCACUACAUCAAUUGGUUUCACCUUUCGGCAAGACAGACACAGCUUCUGUAUUGACAGAGGCAAUUGGAUAUAUACAAUUCCUUCAAGACCAGAUCCAUACGCUUUGUAUGCCACAUGCCAAGCCUUCACGUAACAAGCCUACCAGAUCUUUCCCAACGGGAAUUGGAAAUGAUCAAGUUGAUGGAAAAAAUGAAGCAAUAAGAAUAGAUCUUCAAGGGAGAGGAUUAUGCCUUGUGCCAUUCUCAUGGACAUCAUAUAUCACAUCAACCCAAAUGGAUGCAUCAAAUCAUCCUUCUUAUUUUUAAAGUUUUAUAUUAUUUAAAAUCUAUCUUGUUAGGCAUAUUUCCACUAAUGAAAGUUAAGGAGGGAAAAAAUUACAUUAUAUUAUACCCCAUAAAAACAUAAUAAAACAAUGUUAUUUUGUUUCUUCUUUAAGCCAAGUUAGGUCCAAGGGAUUAGGAAAAAAAAUGAAGUAUUUAUCACAAAAAGGAAGAAUGUAUGCCUUGAUGUGAUGAGGGAGCUUUUUGAUUGAGUUCUCAUGGUCUCUUUUUGUUUCAAUUCCCAUGUUUUUUUUUCCUUCUUCCUUGUGAAUGGAGAAGGCAAAAAUGUUAAGAACAUUGCCUUUGUAAUAGUUCAAAUUAAUAAAUCAUAGUUAAGAAUUUGAUUUUAUAUAUGGUGUU